AAAGACGCUAAAAAUACACAUAAACAGUCAAGAUUUUCAUUUAAUUUAUACAUUUUAGAUCUAUUUAAUCGGAUACGAGACUAGCAAGUGAGGAAAAAAGCAAGCAAAUCAUAGAGAUUUGAGGAUAACUGCAGUAACAAUUUAGAAGAGGCACAAACAUGGAAAGAAAUACACGUUCAAUUAUACCGAAUAAUAUGAACAGCAAGCCACGAAGUAAUGGACCGAUUUCUCCAAGAGAAAUAAAUUCAAACUAUAAUCAUCAUCAAUCGCAGCACUGGAUCUUAAAAACUCAACAGCAGCAGCAACAAAAUCAUCAACAUCCACAUACUCCUUAUCAUCCGAAUUUAGAUUUGAUUAAUUUUGUGUCCAGUGCUUGGAAGGAGAAAGUUUCGUCCGAUAAAACUGAAUAUUUUAAGGAUUACAAGUCAGAAAGCAGUACCGAUAAGUUUUGUAACUUUGAUUUGGACGGAUUUCUCUUGAAAAUGCGAAACUCUUAAAUCUCUAUUAAUUGGAUAUUUACUGACUGUUGGAGAAAUUAUAAUUUAUAUACAUCCUCAUCGUCA